GUACAAACUUUGCUCUCGCAUCUCCUCCCUCCCUCUGGGGCUCCACACCGCUCAGGCAAAGCUGAGCUGAGUGGAAUCGUCACCUUUCCUGCAUUCGCUAAACUGUUGCCUGCACAGGAAGAACCAGGGACUUAACAUAUUCGGGCUGCUUCUAUUCAAAUGUUCCAAGAGGGCAUAUACCCAUCCAGAGACUUUUCAAUGCUCUCUGCAGCUUAGAAGAAACGGACAUCAGAAACUGCACUCUGACGCCAUAUUCCAGAGAUGCUCCUGAACAAGUCGUCUGCUGGUGUGAGCUUCCAAGGGGGUAUUUAAAUAGCCAAACCCAUUCAUUCUGUGACUCAGAAAAGGAAAAUUAAUCUGUGAAGAAUUUUAACAGUCUAAUUCUCUGAGCCCUGGCCUGUUGUCAACGUAGCUGAGACCUCCUCCACCUGAGAACCCGCACAUCUGACAACACUUCCCCUGCAGCCUACAGGGAGGGAUGUCAACAAAGCUGUAAACAAUUCAUGCCUGUAUUCUUAUAUCCUUCAAGCUUGGCAUCUGGGCAGGAACAUUACAAUCUCCAGCCUUAGGGAAAAUUGACAAAGCCAGGCAAAAGGGCUGGAAACUCAGAUAUGCUGAGAUAUACAAAAGUCUUUAGCAACUCGCCUCACAGAAGAACCCAAUUAAAUCUACACCAUUAGUCUGCAGAUCUAGCUGAAUUGUGGAUAAAAAGGAGCCUUUUCUCCUUCUACUAAAACAAAACAAAAAACCCUCAGAAGUCUAAUAUAAUACCGUAAGAGAUUCUUGUCGCCAUACCAGUAUUAUAAAGCAGUUUUACCAUAUUUAUUUAUUUUCACCAGUGUAAGAUUAAGAGUGCAAAAACUGACUAUUUAUUUACUUACUGUCUAAACUGACUAAGAAGUUCUGAUAAACCUCUUUGGGAGGGGUCUGCUUGCUAGAGGCAGGGAAGCGCUACAAUUGGCAAUUUAGAAGACCACUCAUUGCCUUCUUGCUUAUACACCACUGAUUUUGGUCUGUAUCACAUUGUUAAAACACCACCAAUACAUUCACAGACAGGCUAAGUGACUGUGGAAUGCCUCAAGGGCAAUAGAAAUCAAAUAGAAGCGAAUAUCAACUCAAGUCUUGAGUGAUGACGGAGGUGCAUUUUAGGUAUCAUGGAAACCUCACUGGGCGGGCUCAUUUUCCCACUCUGGCAACAGAGGUUGACACCACUUCAGACAAGUAUUCCAACCUGUACAUGUAUGUAGGAUUAUUUCUGAGCCUCCUGGCCAUUCUUCUCAUCCUGCUCUUCACAAUGCUUCUUCGGCUCAAACAUGUCAUCUCACCCAUCACCGAGAGCACAGAAAGUGUUCCUCAGUUCACAGAUGUAGAAAUGCAAAGCCGAAUUCCCACUCCUUAAAGUCAGAAUGAUGGUGAGUCUCGGCCAAUAUGAGCAAACCCUGGGGGUGCUGAUCUCAGGAAGGCUUUUUUUUUUUUUUUCAUGUGAGGCUUCGCAUGUAACAAGCUGCUCGUGUUUUCUGUUCUUCAUUCUUCAUCUUGACUGUGCUUAUGGGACAUCUAAGAGGCUUAAGAGUCAUUCUUUUUAAAGGAAUACGGGAAAUUGCAGCUGGUUGGGCUGGCAGGUUUCCAUAGUAACCAAAGAGAGCCUGAGCCUUGAACAAACCUCAGACCACAGAAAAUCAUAGGCAGCAGUUGUUAAAACACAAGAUCUCUGGAAGCUGCAAGAGCAAAUAAGAAUUUACCUUAGGAUGUUCUGAGAACUCCCAAGAAAUGACAGGCUUUAAUUUAUUACUUUAGCCCUAAAGAAUUAUCUCAUACAUAACACAGAUAUUUCCUGACAUGGAGCUUAAUCAUGCCACAGAUGAAUAGAAGGGAUUAUUAAUCUUUCCUCAAAAGAACAAUGCUUUAAUCAUCAUAGGCCAUCAGGUUUCUCCCAAAUGAAAGAGAUUUAAAGAACCUUUUAUUAUUUAAAGAGAAAUUUUGCAGAAAGUUUCUGGUGAGUGAGAAAAAUGUGCAUAUUAUAUCUGUGUUAUUACUAUUACUGGACCUUUAAAAAUGCAGAUAAUGGCAGAUGUAUUACUACAAUCUGGGACAAUGAGCUGCCUCCAAAUCAAAGAAAAAUUAAGUCAAACUUUUCUCAUAAGGAUUUCUACAUUAUACGAGCAGCUUCCAUGUCUUUGACUCCCUCCUUGCAAACCAGAAUUGAGUUGCACAUAAAUAUGAACUUGAUUUGAAGGCUGACUUGGCAAAGAAGACACAAGUGUAUUUAAAAGCAGAAAUGAAACGAUCUUGGGAUUCUGUUACUGAGUGAUUGUGACUUUGACCAAAACAUGUCAGCUUUCUGAGUCUCGGAUUUUUCUUGUUGAAAACUGUUCAGACAGCUAUUUCAUUAUGACUUUUCAGAUAUGAAUAAAAGACACACACAGACUAAAGGGGAUAGGACUAAAAGUUACCCUGCAACAAGUUCUUAAUAAGAUCUAUGUCCUCAAAUGUCACAUUUGUCUUUCCCAGAAAAUGCUCCUUCUUUCCUUAUCCCUGCCAAAAACUGAAGUGUUUCACUUACUAUCUAUUAGAGAAAUAUAUUUUGAAAUUUUCCAUUCUCAUGAGUAGCUCUA